AUGGAAUCUGAUCACACCACAGAUCAUCAUCUACCGUUCAUCCGAACUCACAAGAAUGGCCGUGUCGAGCGACUUGGCGGCAACGACAUCAUCCCGGCGUCUUUAAACCCGAAAAACGACGUAGUUUCAAAAGAUCUCGUAUACUCCCCGGAGCACAAUCUCUCUGUUCGUAUGUUUCUCCCUCAUAAAUCCACAAAACUCGUCAGGGAGGGUAACAAACUACCUCUACUUAUCUACUUCCACGGCGGAGCUUACAUCACUCACUCUCCUUUCUCUCCGGUUUACCAUAACUACCUCACGGAGGUUGUUAAAACCGCUAACUGCCUCGCCGUAUCGGUUCAAUACCGUCUUGCCCCGGAGCAUCCGGUUCCCGCAGCUUACGAUGAUUCUUGGUCCGCGGUUCAGUGGAUCUUUGCUGCUCAUUCUGAUGAUUGGAUUAACGAAUACGCAGAUUUCAACAGAGUUUUCAUCGCAGGAGAUAGCGCAGGAGCCAAUAUAUCACAUCAUAUGGGAAUAAGAGCUGCUAAAGAGAAGCUAAGCUAUAGAAUCAAAGGGAUAGUUAUGGUGCAUCCAGGCUUUUGGGGGAAAGAUCCAAUCGACGAGCAUGACGUGCAAGACAGAGAAGUCAGAAGUAGAGUCACGUAUAUUUGGGAAAAGAUCGUGAGCCCUAAUAGUGUGGAUGGAGUGAAUGAUCCUUUGUUUAAUGUUGUUGGAUCCGGGUCGGAUUUAUCAAGAUUGGGAUGUGAGAAGGUUUUGGUUGCGGUGGCUGGUAAAGAUGUGUUUUGGCGGCAAGGGUUGGCUUACGCGGCGAAGCUGGAGAAGAGUGGGUGGCAAGGUGUGAUGGAAGUGGUGGAAGAUGAAGAGGAAGGACACUGCUUCCAUCUCCAUAACCCUAAUUCUCAAAAUGCUUCCAAAAUGAUGAAGACCUUUGUGGAGUUUAUAACAGGAUAAUAAAACGUUAACACUAAACAAAAACUUCAUAAAGAAAAGUUUAAUAUAAUUGUGUUAAAUUA